UGUGAAUGAUAUAUUGUGUACUCAAUAUCGGAUCAUAGGAUGAAAACUCGAGUUUUCACAAUCUAAAUUCACUAUGCCUCGAAAGACGCUGAGAACGUACCGACAAUUACGUUAAUGUGCUCAAAAAUCAUCAAAAUUUGUGUGUAUUAUUGAAAUUUGACAGAUUCAUUGCUUCGUGACAGGAGUGUGUGAUUUUUCCUUUUUUUUUUUUUUUCGUUUGUUUCACCUUAGUUCAACCUCCUUAUCUAUUUUCCUCUCAUAUUCAUCUUUCCCUUUAUAUUUCAAUCCUUGAGUAUCUUAUCUCUCAUUUUCAUCUACCGGAUAAAAAGAGAAUACUUUUUACCCUUUCUCUCCUCUCCAUUUCCCUUUCCUGUCUGUCUUUUUCUAAGUUUUUCAUUUUUUUCCCCCUCUUCACCGAUACAUCUUAUAUUUUUCUUUCUUUUACUAAAUGUUCAUGAUAACAACAAUUUUUGACUCUCCUGCAUAACGUGAACGUGGAUGAGUGAUCAUAUUUUCACGCAAUAGCCGAUCGUCGGCUAUUCUACCUUGUACGCGAAUGAAUGCUCCCUACGUUUAACUGGUGUCAAUGUACACACGGUGUAACGUUAUUAUAGCAUUGGCCAGAGAGCUAAAAGAAUCUUCGUUCUAAAAGAAUCUCCGUUCAACUAGAAAUUCGACAUGAUGAAGAGCAGUGCUAUGCUUAAGAAAGAAAGCAAAAUGCGCAUACGUGCUUUUCCGACAACUAUGGAUGAAAAGUAUGUAGAAAGUAUUUGGGCACUAUUAAAAAAUGCUAUUCAAGAAAUUCAGAAGAAAAAUAAUUCAGGGCUUAGUUUUGAAGAGCUUUAUCGGAAUGCUUAUACUAUGGUUCUUCACAAGUAUGGUGAACGUUUAUAUACAGGUUUAAAAGAAGUUGUAACACAUCAUUUAGAAAAUAAAGUUAGAGAAGAUGUAUUAAGAUCUCUUCACAACAAUUUUCUUCAAACAUUAAAUCAAGCUUGGAAUGAUCAUCAGACAUCUAUGGUAAUGAUAAGAGAUAUUUUAAUGUAUAUGGAUAGAGUUUAUGUGCAACAACAUGAUGUGGACAAUGUGUAUAAUUUAGGACUUAUCAUAUUUAGAGAUCAGGUGGUCAGAUAUGGAUGUGUUAGAGAUCAUUUAAGAGAAACUUUACUAGGCAUGGUAGCAAGAGAAAGAAGAGGAGAAGUUGUAGAUCGCAUUGCAAUAAAAAAUGCCUGCCAAAUGUUAAUGUUACUUGGCAUUAACAGUCGUCAAGUUUAUGAAGAAGAUUUUGAAAGGCCUUUUUUACAACAAAGUGCUGAAUUUUAUAGAAUGGAAUCUCAAAAAUUUUUGGCUGAAAAUAGUGCAUCAGUAUAUAUAAAAAAAGUUGAAGCUAGAAUUUGUGAAGAAUCAGAAAGAGCAAAACAUUAUUUAGAUGAAUCUACUGAACCACGAAUAGUAGAAGUUGUAGAAGAAGAACUAAUUAAAAUUCAUAUGAAAACUAUUGUCGAGAUGGAAAAUAGUGGUGUAGUACAUAUGCUCAAAAACCAAAAAACUGAAGAUCUUGGCUGCAUGUAUAAAUUAUUUUCGAGAGUUUCGGAUGGUUUACGUACUGUGUGUGAUUGUGUUUCUCAAUUUCUUAAAGAGCAAGGCCGUGCUAUGGUUCAAGAGGAACAUGAAUCAACGACAAAUGCAGUUCUUUUUAUUCAGAACUUGCUAGAUUUAAAAGAUCGUUUUGAUCAUUUUCUUCAUUAUUCGUUUAAUAAUGAUAAGAAUUAUAAACAAAUGAUUGCAUCUGACUUUGAAUAUUUUCUUAAUUUAAAUACAAAAAGUCCAGAAUAUCUUUCGCUCUUUAUUGAUGAUAAACUGAAAAAAGGUGUUAAAGGGAUGACAGAACAGGAAAUCGAAGGUAUCUUGGAUAAAACUAUGGUUUUAUUUAGAUUUCUUCAAGAAAAAGAUGUAUUUGAACGAUAUUAUAAACAGCACUUAGCUAAACGUCUUCUUUUGAAUAAAUCUGUGUCUGAUGAUAGCGAGAAAAACAUGAUAUCUAAACUUAAGACUGAAUGUGGAUGUCAAUUCACAUCAAAAUUGGAGGGAAUGUUCAAAGAUAUAACAGUUAGUAAUACUAUUAUGGAUGAAUUUAAAGAUCAUGUCCUUACAUCCAAUACAAAUCUACAUGGAGUGGAUAUAAGUGUAAGAGUUUUGACAACCGGUUUUUGGCCGACGCAAUCCGCAACUCCAAAAUGUAGCAUGCCAGCUGCUCCACGAGAUGCUUUUGAUGCUUUCCGACGUUUUUAUCUUGCUAAACAUAGUGGUCGACAAUUAACAUUACAACCACAAUUAGGUUCUGCGGAUUUAAAUGCUGUAUUUCAUGGACCACGAAGAGAAGAAAGUAGUUGCGGUGGCUUAGAUACACCAUCGUCUUCAAGUUCCAUUGGCAAUGGAAGUAAUCUGUAUGGUACUGGAAUAUCUACUAAUGGUAGUAUUUUAAGUCAACGUAGCAACAGUUGUGGAAAUACCAGAAAACACAUCAUUCAAGUAUCAACUUAUCAAAUGUGUGUAUUAAUGCUUUUCAACAAAAGAGAAAAAUUGACUUACGAGGAAAUUCAAGGUGAAACCGAUAUUCCAGAGAGAGACUUGGUUAGAGCAUUACAAUCUCUCGCAAUGGGAAAAGCUACACAAAGAGUGUUAUUAAAGCAUCCUCGUACAAAGGAAAUAGAACCUUCACAUUAUUUUUGUGUUAACGAUAGUUUUACCAGUAAAUUACAUAGAGUAAAGAUUCAAACAGUAGCUGCAAAAGGCGAAUCAGAACCUGAAAGAAGAGAAACUCGCAACAAAGUAGAUGAGGACAGAAAACAUGAAAUAGAAGCAGCUAUUGUUCGCAUUAUGAAAGAUAGAAAGCGUAUGCCUCACAAUAUACUUGUAACUGAAGUAACAGAACAAUUAAGAGGUCGAUUUUUGCCGUCGCCUGUAAUAAUUAAAAAACGUAUUGAAGGUUUAAUUGAACGUGAAUAUUUGGCUCGUACGCCGGAAGAUAGGAAGGUAUAUACGUAUGUUGCUUAAUGCUCGAAUUUAAAUGUUGGAUCUGUACAAACAUAAUAUUUAUUAUAGUAUGCCAAAAGUGGAAUCUCUACGAAUUUGUAACAGAUGCGGAAAUAAAAAAAAGAGACAAUGUCACAGAUGGUGAAAUAAAAAAAAGAGUGCGCGCAGUUUA